CCCCCUCUGCAGAGUCUCUCCUCUCUCGUACACCAUGUCUCUCAGAACCUUGAAGACCACCGGCUUCUCCACCUCCUCCUCUUCCUCCUCCAGGGGCCCCUCCCAGGGCUUCAGCAGCCGCUCCUUCUCUGGCUGCGGGGGUCCGGCCGCCGGCAGGCAGAGCUACGCCUCCCGAGGCUCCUACGGGGGGCUGGGCGCCGCCGGGGGCAACGCCGGAGGGUUCAAAAUGGCCGGCGGGUACAUCGCCGGGGGGUCGGCGCAGAGAGGAGGCGGACUGGAGUUUGGCUACGUGGGCUUCGGCGGAGGCGGCGCGGCCUACGAGGCCCCCAUCACCGCGGUGACGGUGAACAGGAGCCUGCUGGCCCCCCUGAACCUGGAGAUCGACCCCGACAUCCAGGUGGUCCGCACCCAGGAGAAGGAGCAGAUCAAGACCCUCAACAACCGCUUCGCUUCCUUCAUCGACAAGGUGCGCUUCCUGGAGCAGCAGAGCAAGAUGCUGGAGACCAAGUGGCAGCUGGUGCAGCAGCAGACGGCGGCGCGCUCCGGCCUGGACGCCAUGUUCGACGCCUACGCGGCCAACCUGCGGCGGCAGCUCGACGGCCUCGGCCACGAGAAGGCCAAGAUGGAGUCCGACCUGCGCCAGGUGACGGGCCUGGUGGAGGACUUCAAGAACAAGUACGAGGACGAGAUCAACAAGCGCAACGAGUGUGAGAACACCUUCGUCCUCAUGAAGAAGGACACCGACGCCGCCUACAUGACCAAAGUGGAGCUGGAGGCCAAGAUGGACGAGCUGUCGGACGAGAUCGAGUUCCUGAGGCAGAUCUACGACACGGAAAUCAACGAGCUGCAGAGUCAGAUCACGGACACGUGCGUCGUGGUGGAGAUGGACAACAGCCGCGACCUGGACAUGGACGCCAUCGUGGCCGAGGUGCGCGCCCAGUACGAGGACAUCGCCAACCGCAGCAGGGCCGAGGCCGAGUCCUGGUACCAGACCAAGUAUUCAGAGAUGCAGCAGUCGGUGGGUAAACACGGAGACGACCUGAAGUCCAGCAAGGCCGAGAUCGCCGACAUGAACCGCCGGAUCAUGAGGCUGCAGUCCGAAAUCGACAUGGUGAAGUCCCAGCGAAACAACCUGGAGGCCCAGAUCGGAGAGGCCGAGGAGCGCGGCGAGCUGGCGGUGAAGGACGCCAAGCUCCGCAUCCGGGACCUGGAGGACGCUCUGCAGAGAGCCAAGCAGGACAUGGCGCUGCAGGUCCGCCAGUACCAGGAGCUGAUGAACAUCAAGCUGGCCCUGGACAUCGAGAUCGCCACCUACAGGAAGCUGCUGGAAGGGGAGGAGAGCAGGCUGGCAACGGGAAUCAAGACCAGCAUAUCCAAGCAGACCUCCAUGAACUACAACGCCUUCGGCCUGGAGAGCUCCCGCACGCCGUCCUACAGCUGCUCCUCCUUCGGGGGCGUCCGGGCUUCAGCCGACGGCCUCAGCGCGGCGGCGGUGAGGAGCACCACGGUCACCAAGACGGAGACCGUGGUGGUCAAGACCGAGGAGAAGAAGGAGGAGAAGAAGGAGGUGGAGGAGGAGGAGAAGGAAGAGGAGGAGCAGGUAGCAACCGAGGAGGUAGCAACCAAGGAGAAGAAGGAGGAGAAGAAGGAGGUGGAGGAGGAGGAGAAGGAAGAGAAGGAGCAGGUAGCAACCGAGGAGGUAGCAACCGAGGAGAAGAAGGAGGAGCAGGAGCAGGCUGUGGCUGAGGAGUGAUGUGUUGAUCCUCGUGUUGCCAGAUUUAUGAUUUUCACCAAACAAUGUUUAGUUCAGAUCUCCUGCAGGAGGAGACAGUCGAUGAUGUUUAGGUACCGCCCCGGUUCGGCCAGCAGGGGGCGCUGUUGCAUGUGUUGUUGAGUCAGAGCCCAAAACUCUAAUAAUCAAUACUGCUGAUGGAUGGAAAUAAAGUCUGAAGGUGUGACGUCACACACGACUACUGCGGGAACAUCCGCUUCCUGUUUGCUCCACAAUAAAGGUUAUUCAAACUAUUUGA